AUGUCCUCAAAUACUACAGUUUUUGUUUCUGGUGCUACAGGUUUCAUUGCUCAGCAUAUAGUAAAAUUAUUAAUUGAACAAGGAUAUAGUGUCAUUGGUUCAGUUAGAUCAUCUCAAAAAGGAGACCAAUUAAAAUCAGAUUUGAAAUCACUUGGUUUAAAAUCAGAUUCAUUUUCAUAUGAAAUUGUCGAAGAUAUUGUUACAAAAGGAGCUUUUGACAAGGCAUUACAAUCACAUCCAGAAAUUUCAGUAUUCUUACAUACUGCUUCACCAUUCCAUUUUGAUGUCAAAGAUGUCAAAAGUGAAUUAUUAGAUCCAGCCGUUGAAGGUACUAAUAAUGCUUUGAAUGCAAUUAAAACAUACGGUAAAAAUAUUAAAAGAGUUGUCGUUACUUCAUCUUUUGCUGCUGUUGGUAGAUGGGGUAAAUACGCUGAUCCAGAAGCUACAUUAACUGAAAAAGAUUGGAAUCCACAAACCUGGGAAGACUCAUUAGAAAAUCCAUUAAGUGGUUACCUUGGUUCUAAAAAAUUUGCUGAAAAAGCAGCAUGGGAAUUUGUUGAAAAGAAUAAUGUUGGUUUCAAAUUAUCUACUGUUUUGCCAGCAUAUGUAUUUGGUCGUAUGUUAUCAAUUAUUUAAUUGCUUGGUUGAUUAGAUAAUCUAGUCGUUAAGCAAGUGCGUAUGAAAUUAUUACUAACUAAAUAAUUUUAGCUCAAUUAUAUCAAGUUAAAGAUAAAUCUAAAUUAAAUACAAGCUCAGAAAUUCUCAAUGGUUUAAUUAAAUUAAAUUCAAAUGAUGAAAUUCCAGAUGCAACUGCUUGGUUUAUUGAUGUUAGAGAUGUUGCAAAAGCUCAUUUAGUAGCUUUUGAGAAAGAAGAAGCAGCCGGUCAAAGAUUAAUAUUAGCUGCUGAACCAUUUUCAAAUCAAAAAAUUGUUAAAAUUAUAAAAGCUGAUUUCCCUCAAUUAGAAGAGAAAUUACCAAAAGUUGAUGAAACAAAACUUAAAGAUUAUAUACGUAAAGAACCAACAGUUAAUUCUGAUCAUACUAAAAAAAUCUUGGAUUUUAAAUAUUUUGAUUUGAAACAAAGUGUUGAUGACUCAGUUGCUCAAAUUUUAAAAUAG